ACAGAUGAAGUAAAUGUAGUAUACAGAUGAAUUUAUGCUACUUUCAGUAAAUCCUCCCAAGUUGGUUUUUUUUUCCAUUGGCAGAUUUUUUUGGCUUGGUCCACUGUAACUAGAUUUCAGUGACUCUGCUUCAAGAAGGGCAGUUCUGCAGUCUACUGUUGUCUCAGGUCGAAAGAAAUUAUUCUGCAAACUUAACUGCAUGUCACUUUUGAUUGUAGACAAUAAACACACACACCGGCUGGAGAAAAUAGACACGAACUAACACACAGGCAACCUGGACACCUGAUUUAGGAUUAUAAACAUUCAAUUCCACACUAAGUCUCUACUCGCUGUGUACGAGGUGGUAUCGAACAGUUUAAGACUUGCUCUGUUUACGAGAAAAAAAACGUUUUAUUUACGUUUUCACAAUACAGCGCCCCCCAGUGUUCCUCUGGAACGUGUCCUGGAAGUCUUCUUUUCGAAGCAUUAAGCACCUUCUGUGAAUCGUGCCGGAUCUCAGCAGCUGUGUCAAAAUGAUGACCUUUGAGAUGCAGCUUUAUAUGUGAAGGUUUUGGGGAUCAGCAUGCUGCAGGAGUUCAAGAUAUAACAUGCAGGUGAUGAGAAUCAGGUGUAGGUGAAUGGAAAGCCAUAAGGGCCAUAACCGGACAUUACCGUUUUCAGAAAGAGGGAAACUUGAAAUAUUUCAUGCUAGUAAACCUUCUGACUGUCACUAUCAACCUUACAUUACAGUUUUUGCCCAUUGCUUGCACACUAAAUCCGAAUGCUUAGACCAAAGCCUCAAUACCUAAACUUCUUGUAGCAUAUGCUUAAACACAGUGUAACCAUAGCUUAAACACAUUGUCAACUUUACACUUUGUUUGCAAUUCUGUAGCACACUUAUUGCGAAACACUACACACGUUUUCUUACAUUAGACACAUUUUUCAAAAACGAAAUCACCUGUUAUCAUUGGGAAAACACUCUGUUCAAAAUGCAAAACUCAUCUGGCAAUUAUAGGCACUUACAUACACACCUGAAAACACUUGUACAGAAAACAGAACACCAAUCGGUCUGAGCCUUAGCACUACAAAUAGGCCUCAGGUAAGACAUUCUGAGAACUUUGCAAGCAUGGAGGCAAUGCGAAUAAGAGUAAGAGGAGGACAAAGAGAGAGAGGAGUUGGACGUGGACGUGGACGUGGAAGAGGAAGAGGACAAAGACGAGGACCAGUGCGGAGACGUGUAUCGGAUGACAUCAGGGCUACUCUGGUGGACCAUGUCAUAAAUAAUGGCUUAUCCAUGAGGGAGGCUGGGCAAAGAGUCCACCCUAACCUCAGUCGCUGCACAGUAGCAUCGAUAAUAAGAACAUUCCGACUGGAGAACAGAAUGGUUGGGCUACCUCCUCGAGGUGGAAGGGAACGUCUCUUUACUCAAGAACAAGAGCUUGCCAUCGUUCAAAUGGUGCAAGAAAAUAUUGCAAUCCGACUUCGUGAGUUGCAACAGCGCAUAAUUGCAGAUAGAAUGAUAUUCAACAAUAUCAACAGGGUCAGCAUUUCUACACUAAGUUGCAUCCUACAGAAACAUAACUUCAGAAUGAAGCAGCUGUACAGGGUGCCAUUUGAGAGGAACAGGGUCAGGGUCAAGGAUCUGCGCCAUGAUCAUGUGCAGACAGUUUUGGAUUUUGAUGCCACCGAACAGCCACAUGAGGUUAUCUAUGUGGAUGAGGCAGGCUUUAAUCUGGCCAAAACCAGGCGUCGAGGCCGUAACAUAGUUGGACAAAGGGCUGCUGUAAAUGUCCCUGGGCAAUGUGGGGAAAAUAUCACCUUGUGUUCUGCAAUUAGUGUCCAAGGAGUCCUGCAUCAUCAUGCCACUCUAGGUCCCUACAAUACAGGACAGAUCAUUGUAUUUCUAGAUGCACUAGGACAAACCACAGCAGCCCAGAUUUGUUGUCAUCUGGGAUAAUGUUAGUUUCCACCGGGCUGCUCUGGUCCAAGAUUGGUUCACCAACCAUAACAAUUUUACACUUUUAUACCUGCCCCCUUACAGCCCCUUUCUAAAUGCAAACGAGGAAUUAUUUUCAGCAUGGCGGUGGAAAGUCUAUGAUCGGCAACCACACGCCCGCAUGCCUCUUCUGCAAGCAAUGGAAGAGGCAUGUGGAGACAUUGAGGUGGGAUCCAUCCAAGGGUGGAUUAGGCACACAAGACGAUAUUUUCCCCGAUGCCUAGCCCGCGAGGACAUCGGCUGUGAUGUCGACGAGGUCUUGUGGCCAGAUCCAGAAGGCGGGAUCCAUAAGACCCCCCCCAGGCCCCUACCACACACAUA